AUGGAAAAACUUAAUGCCCAGCAGGACCACAAGCUCAUGUUCGGUCUACUUUUUUCCCUUAAAUCCUUGACUGCAAAAAUGGAUCCAACAAGUGCGGAGAAGGGAAAUCUUGGGGUGCCUCAGUUACCAGGACAAGGGUGUUCAUUUCACAGCUUUCGUACCAAUACGUACAAACUCAGUUUUAUGGAGAGUCCAUCUGGUAUAAAGAUCAUUCUCGUCACUCAUCCCAGGACUGGUGAUCUAAGGGAUUCCCUGAAGUAUAUUUACAAUUUGUAAGUUGAAUAGGUUGUCAAGAAUCCACUCUAUAGUCCAGGAACUCCAAUCAGGUGAGUGAUAUAUAUUUUCUAUCUUAUUUGUAUCAUUGUGAAACACUUAUAUGAUGACCUAUUAGCUAAGGGUUUUAAAUGCUGCAUGACACCUCGGAGAUUUUCUAUGUAGAAGUUAAUUUGAUUGGGCUGUUGUCCUUGACGGGUGCCUUCUACCAUUUUGGAGAAUAGUUUUUGAGCAAAAUAUAACCAAAUAGAGAAAAUAUUGGAAGGAUUAAUUUAUUCAAUCUAAAACAAGUUUCAUUACUGACUAGAUUUAACCUGCUCACAUUUUUUACCAUGCAUUCAUUGGUCUUUUCUAGCUUGACACACAUAAAUAACACUCCUUUGUAAAUGAGAACUGUUCAUCAAACUUCAUAAACGGCUUAGCAACAUUUUCUGGCUUGACACACAUAAAUAACACUCC